CCUUAAUCUACUGAGGUAAUCGUUUUAAAAUAAAAUCCAAAAGUGCAUCCAUGAUGCUUCUUUACUUAUUUUUCGUUAUUCUUAGACUCUCUUUCCCAAGAACUGUCAACUGUUUCAAUAAUGAGAUUUUAAAAAUAUUCCAAAAGUAUAUCAAGAAUGAGAGGUCAACAGCAUCAGCUAGAACUGCCAAUCAGACUAUCGAAAGAUCUCAAGACCUUUGCUAGCGAUAUGAUAAAAGUAACUUGUGAUGCUUUCAUUACAGUGAGAACGGUAAAUUUUGUCACUUUGAGAAAAUCAAAUGUCCAUAACCAAAAAAUAAAUGUCGCUUUCCAAAAAAUUACAGCGACUCCACCCCCAAAGUUCGUUUUCCUAUUUUAUAGAUUCGCUUUUGUCGCCGACUGAAAUUCGCUUUUUGAUUGGUCAA